CUUGGUGCUAUUCGCAGGAAUGCAUUGUUCCUGAAAAGAUUUUAGUCUUUUGAUGGAUUCUUUAAGACGUUUUGCCUUUUAAUCUAAAGAAAAUUAGUCCAAAAUUUUAAGUGAACGUUUCGAGAUGUGCAUUUAGAAUGCUAGCGAUUCCAGAAGAGCCUAGUGAAAUGAGAUUGUGGGGCAGCCCCCCUCCUUUCAGCAGGGACUCUCUAUUUGAUGACUUUUCACCAUCCUUUUUGGAAUAUGAUGUUGCUGCUGAGGUUGAAUGUGGCCAAGGAUUUGACAGGGAGGAUGAAUUAAUGAAUUGCUGGUACAGCGAGUCAACUUCAGCUGCGUCUUCAGUGGAUUCCUCCGAAUAUAACUCAGAUAAUGAAAUUAUUGACAUAGAGUCAGAAGGUGCAAAGAUGGCUUCUUUUUCGGGUUCAUAUUUAGAUAUCAGUGAAUUAGAGAGGAAAUGUAAAGAAUUAAAAGCUCUAGAAAGCAGCUCCCACAGUUGGAGUAGACAUUGCAGCAGAAAAAGGAAUCAACAGAAAACUGAAAGGAGUAAAAGCUCUACGUUAGUGGAUGAUUUAUUACAGAUAAGCAAAAAGGAAGCAGAAAAGAAUUCGAGUUCAACUUCAAGUAAAUCCUUGUGUCCAUGCCAAAAGAUAAAGAAUUCCAUGGAGUUUGGUUUGAGUUGGAACAAAAUGUCAUCAGAUAAUCAAGUUGAGGCAGUUGAAUUGCUGACAAGAGUUGCUUCAAUGACCAUGGGACUAAGAGAACAAAUGGACAUCAUUAAGAUAAUAAAUCCGGAGGCAACUGUCCUUCCAACAGACACAGAAUUUGAAAUAGAUAUUGAGUCGUUCAAUGAAGCUAAAUUUGAAAGAAUACACAGAUACAUAAAGGACCAUCUCUCUAGAGAUUCUUGUCCUCUGUGCUCAGAAUCAACGUCAGAAACAUGCAGACAGAAUUCAAAUUUCACCCAUAGGAAGCAUUCAAAGAGAAAACCUAGGGGAACUCUAAGUAUGAAAAGAAUUUCAAGAAAAUCCUCCAAACAUAAAGGCUUGUUGAAACGAGUUCACAGACAAAUGUUAAAAGAACAGAAAAGUGGUCUCUUUCAGAAUGAGGAGGUAAUUUCACUAAGCUCAAGGAACAAAGAUGAAGCUAAUGAUGUUGAAGUUGACAUCCUUUGCUAAUAUUUGUUUUUUCAAAUAGCAAUAAACUUGAGUGAAAAUUUUUGGCA